UAAUGUCAAAAUCAUAUCAUUAUCAAGUUUAGUAUAUAGCUAAAGAUCAACAGGAAUAGAAAAGAGAUACUUAACCAUAUCGAAAAGUAAAAAAUAAAUAUUUAUUAAUAGUCACAUAAUAAUAAUUACGAUGGAUAUUCAAGAAACAAAAAAUAUUACAACAAUCGAUAGCAUUAUUAAAAUGAUAAUAAGAGAGUGGAAUAUGAAUGUAAAUAUGAUAUUACUAAUAUUUCUAGAGAAAUAAUAAAUAUGUUAGCCUUAAAAUAAUGUUUAUGAUGCAAAAUUAUUACUUUCAGCUUACCGAGAAUAUUUAUAACCUCCAGGUGACAUUAUCUUGCUGAUCAAAAAUUUACCUUAAUUAUUUACAACUAAACCAUUCAAGCCAAUCUCUUAGAAUUCACAUUGUAAUCAUAGUGAUGAAGAAGAACCUCAAUGGAUGCAAGAGUCAUAUUUCAAUGCCCCUUUUUAAUUAAAUGAUAUAGAAAAUGAAAUUUAGUAAAAAAGAGAACAAUAUCAAAAAAAUCAUGGUACAUUUGAAAAAAAGCAGGAAGAGAAGAGAUAAAAAAUAGAAGAAUCUUAAAUUAAGCAGGAUCCAAUAGACAGUAUUGAAAUCGAAAAAUAAAAAUACAGAGAAAAAAGGGAAUAAGAAUUAAAAUAAUCAUAAGCUGCAAUAGAAACUAAAUUAAAAUUAAUUGAGCUCUUUUCUUCAAAUAACGAAUCAUAAUAAUAGCCUGUAGAGAUUAAUCAUACGAUAUUCACAGUUGAAGAAAUAGAAAAGCAGUAACAAUUGAAUUAAAUUCAUAAUAAUAAUAAUAAAUUAUAAGAAGUAUCGUAAGUUUAAGAAACUUGUAUCAGUGAUGAUGAAUUAAAUCAACUUUUGGGUCUUAAUAACAAUAAUGAAAAUUCGCAUACUAAAACAGUAGAUUAGAUUCCUUCUGUUCUUUUUAAGAGUGAAUAAAUUAAAAUUUCGCCAUUCUCUAUUUAAGCUUAAUUACACAACAAAGACAUUAAUGAAUCUUUAUGGUUUUAUAUAGAUAAAUCAAACAAAGUAAUUUGGAUUUUUUAUUUAGACUUAAGGAGGGUUUCCAACUAAAAAUAUGGAUAUUUGGUAUUCAUAAAAUUAUUUCAAACCCAGUCUAAUGAUUUCAUGGGGUUCUCCAGGAAAGUGGAUAUAUUUAGAAUAAUUCUAAAAAAAUUUAUAAUUGAUAUUAUAAGGAACCUUGGAUAAAUUAAAAGCAAUGGAUCCUUCAUUGAUUGAUUAAACCAAAGCCUACAAACCUGUUCAACCUAAUCAAUCGUAAUCAUCGUGGAACAAUUAACAACAUUAUGUUUAAAAUAACAACAAUAAUAGACAUUAAUAUAAUAAUUAUAAUACUUAAUAUGGAUAAUAAAGAAAUAGAAAUAACUAAAAUAGAACUAUAUUUUAAAUUGGAUAAAAAGAUUCAUAACAAAUGCAUUAUAAUUAAUAUUAUUAUACAAAUGGAAAUUAAUUAGAAUAAUCAGGUGAAGGAUUUAUUCUUGAUCCAAAGAGUUUUCCAACACCUGAUGAAAAAUGA